AGUAAAAUUUACUCUCCUUAAAAUUAUUCCCUAAUUCCCUUUCCUGCUUACCCCUUCCCCUUUGGAGAAUCUAAUAAUCGCAUAGCAUCAUCGGCGUAUCACACAAAAACAUGGGUGCAGAGUAGCAGACAACUUCGAAUUCUUCUAAUCUUCUAUCGCACACAAGAGCACUGUCGCGUCGCCGCCACAACUUCAAAUCCUUCUAUCGCACAAUCGGAGAAUUGCACAAGCACAAAUUCCAGCAUAUCCAUGAGAUUUCUUGGUGCGAUUGUGAGGGAAAAACAUCAAACAUAUGCUAAUCUAAAGUUCAUUCUCAUUGCGUCUCGGAUUCAUCCUCUACAUGAAGAAGAUUACGACCAACAUAAAGAAACAGAUCUUCAACAUAAAAGAGAUCGUGAUGUCCAAAAAUUGAACAUGAGAUGAAGGAGAGAGCUACCAACACAUUUGUCUAUGAAAUAUCGGUGGAGAUGUGAUCGUUGAAUCAUUUCGUACAUAGUACAGGCCGGGUCUAAUCAUUCGGGCAUGAAAUCGGGUCUCCAAGAACGCACCAAGCCCACUUGUACAUAUAUAUACCCGAAUCCCACGCCCCCAAGCAGAAGCAUUCUUGAUCUUCCAUCCAUCUUCACUUCUCUCUUUCAACAAACCCUUUCGAUUCGAGUUGUUUGUGUGCAGAGAUGCAAGAUCAGAAGGAUGCUGCAGGGCUGCCGCCGGAGGAAAAUUCAGUUCGGAAAAAGAAGGGGACGGGGCAGAGGACUUCUCAAGGGGAGAGUUUGAAGAAGAAGAGAGCGGGGCAGAAGGGAUCUGUCACAAGGGGGCAGGCAAUGGACGAGGAGUACCGUGCGUUGAGGAGGAAAUACCUGAUGCUCGAAGAGGAGAGUUUCGCGCUCCGGAAGGAGCUGAUGGAAGUUGAAAAUGAAGUGAAGGCACUCGAAGACGAGAAGUUUGAACUGCUGGAUGAGCUCGUUGUGUUAGAAGGCCUUCUCCAUGCUGCCGAGAUUCGAUCCAAGGGACUGUUCUAGAGGACCGUGAUCUGGUUUUCGCUGCCUGCUUCGAUAGUUUACAUAUGUUACUCUCUUUAUAAUAACGUGAAAAUCGUUGUUCGUUCGUGUGGUUUACUUGCGUUUUGAUCCCUCUGAAGUUGGUUCAUGUGAAUGUAGUAGUGUGGGGUUCCAUUGUUUGUGCCAAAUGUCAUUUCAAGCUUCAUGCCUACUUGUGCUAUCU